AUGGAAACUAUUAAAGGAAAACCAAUAUUUGAACAUCAAGGUUAUUUAUAUAUUUUUAAUAAAGAAUCAAGUAACAAGGUGAUAUGGUGUUGUCGUAAUUAUCGUCAUAAUAACUGUCGCGGUCGACUUCAUACAAUUAAUGAUCAAGUUGUACAAACAGUUGGUGAACAUAAUCAUGAACCAAAUCAUUCAUCAGGUGAAAUUAUUGAAGCACGUACCAAAAUGACUUAUGCAGCUAAACAAACUGUUAAUACAACACAUGAUAUAGUAGCUGAUGGUGUAUCCAAAUUAUCUGAUCAUGCUGUUGCAUCAUUACCAAACUUAAAGAAUAUUAAACGAACUGUUCGACGAAUUCGUCAAAAACAUCAAAAUCCAUUUCCAUUACCAACAAAUCGUGAUUCACUUGUUAUUGAUCCAUUAUUUAUGAAAACAAAUCGUAAUAGAACAUUUUUACAAUUCGAUUCUGGACCAAUUGACCAAAGAAUGUUAAUAUUCACAACAAAAAAACAAUUAAAAAUAUUAGAAAAUGGAAAUUAUAUAUAUUUAGAUGGAACAUUUGAUGUCGUUCCUGAAUUGUAUUUCCAGCUUUAUACAAUUCAUGUUAAAUAUUUGGAUCAUAUUUUACCUGCAGUUUAUAUACUAUUACCUGGCAAAAAACAACGUUUAUACAAAGCAAUGUUACAAGAAAUAAAAAAUUUAGUACCAAAUUUUGAUCCACCGAAUGUUAUGAUUGAUUUCGAGCGUGCAAGUAUGAAUGCAAUUAAAAGUUUAUUUCCGACAUCAAAUUUAAAUGGAUGUUUUUUCCAUUUAUGUCAAAAUAUUUAUCGUGCUGUUAUAAGAUUUGGUUUAAAAACAUUAUAUAGUGAAAAUGAAGAUUUUGCGCAACAAAUUCGGUGUUUACCAGCAUUAGCAUUUUUACCAAUUACUGAUGUUAUUCCAACGUUUGAACAAAUUAAAUCUCAAUUUCCAGCUGAAGGUGAACCUGUAUUAACUUAUUUUGAAGAAAAUUAUAUAGGUGUUAAAACUCGUUUAUCAAGACCACGCAAAGCACCAAAAUUUGAUAUAGAAUUAUGGAAUGUUAACACGAAUACAUUGCACGGUCAACAUCGAACAAAUAAUGUGGUCGAAGGUUGGAACAACAGAUUCUCAUCGUUGCUUAAUUGCAGUCAUCCAAAUUUUUGGAAAUUUUUAAAAGGUUUAAAAAAGGAACAAUCUUAUGUCGAUGCUCAAAUUAUUCAAGCAGAAACUGGUGCUAGACAAGCACGAAAACGUGAACAAAUUCGUCGUGAAGCACAUAUUUUGAACUUAUUAAAUGAACCAACAACAACAAACUUCGAAAAAGUACGUGGUUUGGCUCAAAAUAUUUCAUUAAAAAAUUCAUAA